UUCAAUAGACAAGUUUAAAAACCAUACCAUAUAACAAUAUAUCAUGGUUAUCCAAAGGAAUAGUAUUCUCCUUCUCAUUAUUAUUUUUGCUUCAUCAAUUUCAACUUGUAGAAGCAAUGUUAUUGAUGACAAUUUAUUCAAACAAGUUUAUGAUAAUAUUCUUGAACAAGAAUUUGCUCAUGAUUUUCAAGCUUAUCUUUCUUAUUUGAGCAAAAAUAUUGAAAGCAACAAUAAUAUUGACAAGGUUGAUAAAAAUGGGAUUAAAGUGAUUAAUGUACUUAGCUUUGGAGCUAAGGGUGAUGGAAAAACAUAUGAUAAUAUUGCAUUUGAGCAAGCAUGGAAUGAAGCAUGUUCAUCUAGAACACCUGUUCAAUUUGUGGUUCCUAAAAACAAGAAUUAUCUUCUCAAGCAAAUCACCUUUUCAGGUCCAUGCAGAUCUUCUAUUUCAGUAAAGAUUUUUGGAUCCUUAGAAGCAUCUAGUAAAAUUUCAGACUACAAAGAUAGAAGGCUUUGGAUUGCUUUUGAUAGUGUUCAAAAUUUAGUUGUUGGAGGAGGAGGAACUAUCAAUGGCAAUGGACAAGUAUGGUGGCCAAGUUCUUGCAAAAUAAAUAAAUCACUGCCAUGCAGGGAUGCACCAACGGCCUUAACCUUCUGGAAUUGCAAAAAUUUGAAAGUGAAUAAUCUAAAGAGUAAAAAUGCACAACAAAUUCAUAUCAAAUUUGAGUCAUGCACUAAUGUUGUAGCUUCAAAUUUGAUGAUCAAUGCUUCAGCAAAGAGCCCAAAUACUGAUGGAGUCCAUGUAUCAAAUACUCAAUAUAUUCAAAUAUCUGAUACUAUUAUUGGAACAGGUGAUGAUUGUAUUUCAAUUGUUUCUGGAUCUCAAAAUGUGCAGGCCACAAAUAUUACUUGUGGUCCAGGUCAUGGUAUAAGUAUUGGAAGCUUAGGAUCUGGAAAUUCAGAAGCUUAUGUGUCUAAUGUUACUGUAAAUGAAGCCAAAAUUAUCGGUGCCGAAAAUGGAGUUAGGAUCAAGACUUGGCAGGGAGGAUCUGGACAAGCUAGCAACAUCAAAUUUCUGAAUGUGGAAAUGCAAGACGUUAAGUAUCCCAUAAUUAUAGACCAAAACUAUUGUGAUCGAGUUGAACCAUGUAUACAACAGUUUUCAGCAGUUCAAGUGAAAAAUGUGGUGUAUGAGAAUAUCAAGGGCACAAGUGCAACAAAGGUGGCCAUAAAAUUUGAUUGCAGCACAAACUUUCCAUGUGAAGGAAUUAUAAUGGAGAAUAUAAAUUUAGUAGGGGAAAGUGGAAAACCAUCAGAGGCUACGUGCAAAAAUGUCCAUUUUAACAAUGCUGAACAUGUUACACCACACUGCACUUCACUAGAAAUUUCAGAGGAUGAAGCUCUUUUGUAUAAUUAUUAAUUUAUACUAUAGAUCUUCAAUAUAUAGCAGAUAUGAUAUAUCACAAUAAACAAAUCUAUAUCUAUGUAUUGAAUAAUUAUUAUUAAUAUGUACGGAUUGAAGUUUUAAUAAGACUACUAUGUAUUUCUAUUUUCUAGUCAAAAGUUUGACGAUUGUACUUUUUAAUGUACAAAAAUAAUAAAAUGGUUAUUUAUAUG